AUGACACCUCUUGCACCUUCUGCGGAUGGUGUCAAGGAGCGCAGGCGAGUCCAGGGGGUGGGAACGAGCCCACCAGCGAUCCACACGCUGACCCUGGUUCAAUGCAAAACAGCUCAAAGUCUUCACGGCGGAUUGUUCCUGUGCGAAACUCUCCGCAUCUGGAGAGUAUGGAGAAUGCAGCAGCCGUGUCGAAGCUUUGAGCUCCAAUCUGAAUCUGAGGCUAGCCAUAGCCCGGACGAGGCUAUUGAGCUAUUGAGCCAUGGCACAGCAAGCACGUCUGCAUGGACGCAACCCCUCAAGCCCAUCCAGCCAUUGAGCCAAAUGUCGCCCGACCCCUGGCAAUGGCGCAGGGAAACGUGGCGCAUCUCGCAGCAGACGUGUCAGUGGCACUACAGCACAGUCCUGACUCGAAAGGGCUGCGCGAGGGAUGAAGCGUCGUGGCGGCGGCUUCUGGUUGGGGGAAUCUGGAGGAUUGACGGAUCGAGGGCGGCCGAGGGUUGCCAGUCCGUUGGAUGUCGCCUUGCCACGCAGUCACGGGAAGGCUCUGAGGAGCAGCUCUGCAGCUCUGGCUCGAUUGGCUGUUGGGCGAGAGCUAUUACGCUUGGCCCGACGAACGGCGCAUUCCAGCAGGGCCGGUCGCGGUCCUUUUUCUCGUUUCGCUCUGAUCUGCCUCGUCUCGACGUUCGUCUAUCGUCUGCACGGCAUCAAUGGCACGGCUGGGGCCAGCCAGGAACCAGGCACAGAAUCUCGCAUUGGGUCGGCAGUUGUCUGACCAAGACCAGAGUAGGAUUGAGGGAAAUCUGGGCCAAGGCUCGGAUGGCCAGCCCCAAAAAGAGCAGGCCGCCGGGCAAUCCGGGAGCAGGACAAAUGAUGAACCAAGUAGAUAGUCAGUACAAUCUCCAGAUGCGCAACGAUCAUAUUCGGCGAGCACCAAUCCCACCUUCUAGUAUCUCCCCGUCGCUGACAAUUGCACACUUGCCUGCAGAGGUCUCGACUGUCCUCGAAGCAAAGCAGAUACGGCGGCUCGGACUUUCUCGGCUUGCCAAAUCCCAGCGGUCGCUCAAAUGGAGCCUGCAGGUCGGUCUCAAGCCCCUGAAUGGCCAAAUUACCAGUCUGUCUCUGUUCGAUUUGAGUUGGCGACUAGGUGCCUGUGCUAAGCUAACCAUCAACGAAGCACAAAGAGACACUGCAAGCACUGCUUGCUGGAACAAUCAAGCUUACCUUGGAAAGUGCAUUUCUCACGCCUUUCAGAAGGCUCGCCUCGCAGCUACGUUUGCUAAGCCGGCAGAACCGGAAGCAUAUGCAAGGGCUCAUGAUCUGACUCGCCCGCAGCUGGGGCUGGAUGGUCGAAUCGAGGAGCAAGUGGGAUACGAUUGCGUCAAGCCAGUCCAUUUAGAAACCUCUCCUCAUGAGCCUCUGCCAGACACGAACGGGAUGCCUCUGUGGCAUGAGAUGAAGGGCUCAGUCAGAAAGUCAUUUUGGGAAGACUAUCUCGGCCAAUUGCUCUUCCAGCGUCCCAAUCUGAAAAUCUUCAGAACGGAUGAUAUUGCCCUUCUGCUCGUGUCGAGCUAUGAAGUACAUCUGCUCGCUUAUUCCUCCCCUGGCGCUCGUGUCGAUAAGAAGAGCCCUGCUGUUCAACGGGAAGCAGCUGCGUUAUUGCCCAAGACUAACGACGAGCUACUCGAGCCGCUAGGCAAUCUGAAGCACUUGCAAACGCCACGGCUGAUUUUCCCGUCGAUCAGCUCAGGAGAGAUGCUCCAGAGACGAGACGGGCUGGACGGGAUUGCGAGCUUCUUCCCUUUAGCUCUGAAUGGCUGCGGCUGGGAGAGGUUCGGCGCGCUCAUCACCUCACUCUAG